AUACAUUGAUUAAUUCAUUUACAUCAGUCUUGGUAUGUGUAAAACUAUAAUCAGCCCCAGCUCAGUCUUAACUUAAUCAGGCUGAAGAAAAUGAUGCAAAGAUUGCAAUAUCCUCCUGUCAGAGCAUAGCUUGACAGGAUCUGAACCUGAUCUUGUUGACUUGUAACUUUAAUCUGCUGAACAGGAAGGAGUAUGUGGAAGCCUACAUGAGCCAUGCCUUCAACACAUCAGUGGAAGGUGUGUUUCAGGAGUUCAAGCGGGGCUUCUUCCAGGUGUGUGACAAGGAUUUGGUGAAGCUGUUCCGACCACGGGAGCUGCAGGAGGUGCUGGUGGGCAAAGACUUCAAUGACUGGGCCAGGCUGAAACAGGUCACAGUUUAUGAGGGGAAGUACAACACGACCCCUCUACACCCCACCAUACAGAUGUUUUGGGAGGUUUUUGAUGAUCUAACGGAGGAUCAGAAGAAAGCUUUCCUUUGUAAGUAUAGCACCUGAUUUCAAAUAUCAAAACAUGACAAAUUAUAAUUUUCAUGAAGCAUUAAUGUAGAUGGUUCAUGAAAGUUUUACAUUUACUAUGUACACUUAGUAUCUGGUAAAUGAUGUAACUGGUGGUUGCUUGGAGUCAAUAAAAUGCCUUAUAGUUGCUUUAAAAUCUUCUAAUGAGCCACUAAAGUGGUUCAGGAAUGAGUCCUAAAACCCGGAAAGACUUCUUCCACAUCUUACAGGCUUAUUAUCAAUUCUGGUUCCCUUG